GUUCCUAACAAACUAGCGUACCAAAAGUCACCACAAGCUAGCCUUGACUGCUACUUCGAAAGUACAAUCACGGAGAGUAAAAAUAGGAAUGUCAGCUUGUACGUGCCAACAUAUAAGAUCAUGUUUUGUUAUCACUACGCCGAAUUUGUGUUUGUUUGCUUAUGUAUCGUCUUAUUACAUAUUAUGGUCUGAAUUGUAGCUACACUGUAGUCUCCAGAUACAUUAAACAGCUAAGUAAAUCUUAUAUUGGCUGAACAUUCUAUAAAUGUGUUUGUAGUCUCACUUUCUGUUUACAAGAAAUGAUUUGAAUCGUGCAAAAUUGUCAAAACACAUUUUAAAAAUGCAUUAACACGUCGCCUGUGUUUGCUUCAAGCAAAGCCGCCUCUGUCGCUAUGGGAACGACGAUGAGCGAGCCGUGCAUCUACGACAAGCUGUCGGAGAGCAUCGAUAUCCUGCGCCAAUCGGGAUACCGCUAUGGCAUGUCCGAGCGGGAGAUCGAACGCUUCAUCAAGCGAAUGCUGGAGACUAACGAACCUCGACGCGAGCCCCCGCAGUUCCCCCUCCUCAGGGCCACCGUCAAGUUGCUUGUUGCACUGGGCUUUCUGCUUCUGGCAGCGCUGGUGUUCACUUACCCCCAAAGUGAGCCGGACUCGGGCACCGCCCGCCCAGGAUCUUGCAACUGGUCGUCACCACUCAGUCACGUGCGACUGCUUGCGCUGCCCAUCGCCAAGAAGUACAAUCUGCACGGCUUCCAUGAGUGGUGGAGUUCAGGCUCGUUGAGACAGAAUCUGGUCAACUGCUCGGGUUGCGCAGAGAUCUCCUCAGUUGUAGAGGUACCGGAGAGCCUCCGCGGUACUGUCACGCUCCGUCGCGGACCCCAGCUUGUCCUGUUGAAGGGUGGCGAGUCGCUCAGCAUCGAGCGGCGACAGCUGGAGGAGCUCUACUUGGCGCACUCGGCUUCCAUGUCCGUCUUGCUCGAAGACGACUACGAUGACAGCGGCGACCACAACCCCAACACCGGCCUCCCGCAGGGACCCGCCAAUUUCACCUUGCUAUGGAGGUUCAGCUCAGCGACCAGGGAGAAAGUGUUACGGUGGCUCUUUCCCAAGGCAGAACUCUGCCCCCUGCUGGACAGUGCCGGCACUGUCUUACAACGCUGCCUGGUCACACACAACACCGACACCCACAAGCAGGCUGUGGGGGUGUUGGGCUGGCUGGUGGUGGGCGAAGGGCUUCCGACGGUGCGAGUUGUUCCCAUUCCGCGAUGCCAGAAACACUGCAGUUCCUUCAACCUAUGGCUCAACCCCGGAGACAUGGUGUACGCCGACCCCCGCUACUGGCAGAUGGCGCUCUUUCCGGGACAAGGACAGAACAUCGUGUGCGAUGGCUCUGCCUUUUAGCACUUGGGAUGGCGGAUGUCCGGACAUGCCGCCGAGGCGCCGCCCGUCUUCCUGCUGUGGUCCCAUUUCGAGGAGAUGGGUCAAAGAACUGCAAAGGUGGCGAGACAAAGCACGACAAGACAAGCCCUGCGUGCCAAAAACAACAACAACAACAAAAAAAGUGAUGCUAAGCAACAAUCAAGUGUUGUGAAAAGGUCCUGGAAGGACUCACCAUCUUUUGUGUCGCCUCCCAGGACCUGCUUACAAAUUUUUUAUUUUGCACAAAAUAUGAAAAGCUGCUUCUCUUGUUUCUUAUUUAUUGUCACUAUUGGAUGUAUGCGAGACACACACACACACACACACACACACACACGCACAGUAUGCCGUUUCAUACCUGCUGAAAUGUUGCUGUACUCUGCAACGACUCGGGACCAAAAACGUGGAUGCAAGAUGAAUUAAAAAUAUAAAUAUACUUCAAAAAAAAAAA